UGAUGAAUGAGCUCCACACUCCACUCCCAGCAAGGAUGGGCCCCAAAAAGCAUCGUAUGUAUAAAUACACGCACUCACUCUCCCGCCAUCAUCACUGCUCUUGAAUAAUGGAUCUCCCCGUUAUAGAUCUUUCUCCCUCCCUCUCCGGCGAGUGGGACCCACUUCUCUGCGCCGAGGUCAGCCGCAGCCUCAGGGAAACCGGCGCGCUCCUCGUCAAGGACCCUCGCUGCACCGUCGAGGACAACGAUCGCUUCAUCGACAUGAUGGAGCGCUACUUCUCAAAACCCCGCGACUUCAAACACCGCCAUGAGAGACCCCACUUGCAUUACCAGGUUGGGGUUACACCAGAGAAAGUAGAAGUUCCAAGAAGCUUGGUUGAUGAAGAAAUGCAGGAGAAACUGAAAGCGAUGCCAAAAGAAAACCAGCCAAACACUCCUGUUGGACCUGAUCUCAAAUGGAGAUACUUUUGGAGGAUCGGUCCUCGACCGUCAAAUACUCGUUUUCAGGAACUUAAUGCUGAGCCAGUAAUACCUGAAGGUUUCCCUGAAUGGAAAGAAACUAUGGAUUCCUGGGGAUACAAAAUGAUAGCAGCAAUUGAAGUGGUUGCUGAAAUGGCAGCUAUUGGGUUUGGUCUUCCAAAGGAUGCAUUCACUUCUCUUAUGAAGCUGGGCCCGCAUCUGUUAGCACCAACAGGGAGUGACCUUCAAAAAUAUGGUCAGGAGGGAACUAUCUUUGCAGGAUAUCACUAUGACCUUAACUUCCUAACAAUUCAUGGUAGAAGUAGAUUUCCUGGUUUAAACAUCUGGUUAAGAAAUGGACAGAAAGUUGAAGUGAAGGUUCCAAUAGGAUGUCUUCUUAUUCAGACAGGAAAGCAGAUAGAGUGGUUAACUGGAGGGGACUGCAUAGCUGGCAUGCAUGAGGUUGUUGCCACAAAGAGGACACUUGAUGCAAUAAGUUUAGCACAAGAGCAGAAUCGUAGCUUAUGGAGAGUCUCUUCAACGUUGUUUGCACACAUAGCAUCAGAUGCAGUUCUGAAGCCAUUGGGACAUUUUGCAGAAUCACCCCUUGCAAGCAAAUAUCCACCUAUGUGUGCAGGAGAGUAUGUUGAACAAGAGCUUUCAGUAAUCAAUCUCAAGGGAAAGAAGUGAGAACUUUCAUUGUUGACAAUUAUAAUAAAAAGUUGGAUACAUUUUUCUUUCACUGGAUCACAGUCACACUGCCUUACAAGCUAUUGAGAAAAAACCAUUAGGGCAAGAAACUGAAAAUUAUGGUUUCAUUUUUGUCCCAAGAAAUGGAACAAUUGUGAGCUUCCAAUUGAACACUGAUUAAUUUCAAUACAUAUAAAUGUCUACAUGCUUCAGCGUUUUAA